CUUAACCCAGGGGCGUUCAGGGACCAGUGUCCUUCCAGAGCUCCCUGGAUGCUUCCGGACUGAAGCAGGCUCUUUCCGCCGCCAUUGCGGAUUUCGGACAGAAGAUCAGCCACUGCUAUCCAUCGAUGCAGGGCAGGAAGCACUCACAGAAGGGGGACAUAUCUAACAUUUUUUACCAAUAGCAGAUUCCGGAAACACGAUCACCAACACCGUAUUUUACCUUUUAUCGUGUCUUUUUGUUUUCACUGACUGGCUCCGACCUACACAGUGAGGAGGUCGAAGCUAGUAGCGGUGCAUAGCUAGCUGUACGGCUAGGAUUUCAGGAGGAGGAGAAGCUAAAAGGAAACCCUCACCAUGGCUCAAAUCCUACCUAUCCGCUUCCAGGAGCACCUGCAGCUCCAGAACCUGGGAAUCAACCCGGCCAACAUUGGGUUCAGCACUCUGACCAUGGAGUCUGAUAAGUUCAUCUGCAUCAGAGAGAAGGUGGGUGAGCAGGCCCAGGUGGUCAUCAUCGACAUGGCCGACCCCAACAACCCCAUCCGCCGGCCCAUCUCCGCAGACAGCGCCAUCAUGAACCCUGCCAGCAAAGUUAUUGCCCUUAAAGGUAACUGA